AUGAUUCAGAGUCCUAAGAAAAGGUGCCCCAAAAUUGUUCUGAUCUUGGAAAUCCAAAUAAUUACUAAAACAGAUAUGUCGGGGGUGUUGGCAGAGUCUGGGAUUGAACAAUUUUGUUUUGACAACCCCUACAGAGCCUGUUAUGGUGUUUGCAUUGGUUGUCAGGACUGGGGCUAUGCGGAAAAGGGAAAAAGCAUAGCAAAUGCUCUGGAGGAUUUGAAGGCUAAUUUCUAUUGUGAAUUAUGUGACAAGCAAUACCACAAGCACCAGGAGUUUGACAACCAUAUUAAUUCUUACGACCACGCUCACAAACAGAGAUUAAAAGAACUGAAACAAAGAGAAUUUGCUCGAAAUGUGGCUUCAAAGUCCUGGAAAGAUGUGAAAAAGCAGGAGAAAGCACUCAAGCGUCUUCAUCAGCUGGCGGAGCUCCGCAAGCAACCUGACUGUGUUGCUGAAGAUGUUCCAUUAUUUAAAGCGCCCAGAUUAAAAGGACCCAAAGAAAAUCUUGAAACGGCAACAAACGAGAAAAUUGCAAGUUUGGGAUGCGCUGUUAUGUGCAGUCCAGAAACAGUCACCAGCAGCAGUAGCAAUGACAUCACUGGAGAGAAGAAACCAGACAUUUUAUUUGACGGAGAGGUUCUGAAAGCCAGCAGCUGCUGCCUAGUUGAAAAUCCGAACCAGAUAAAGGUUCCCCUCUCGAACAGCGGCAGUGUCAACAACAGGGCAGGCGUCUCAUUCUGCUUCUCUAAGAAGGCAUUAUUAAAGCUGGAUUCUUCAGCCUCAGUUUUCAAUGAGAGCCUUGAUGAGGUAAAUGAAUACAACCAAUUUCUUCACCAUAAAGCAAAGCAAAUGUCUGUAAGCUUUCGACACUAUGCACACCUAAAUGAAAGCGCAGCAGAAAGCAGCGUGUUGUCUCAAGCAGAUGAAACGGACAUGGACCUGCCAGACAACACGCCUGCAAAUGUAGAGAAGUUAAAAGAUGACAAAGGAAGUCAGGAAGACCCUAAGGAACAAAGCGAAAUUGCCCAAUCAAACACAACAGCGAAAAUGCAUUCUCCAGACACUAGUUGCACAGAUCAACCGAGUCAAAAGGAAGUAAAUGUUCCUUCAGAGACCGAGCCAACUUCUGAGACUACAACAGAAACCCCUUGCCAAAUGCAAAGCAGUAUACAAGAGACUUGUUCCAGCAAGCACACAGUCGCAGAUGCAAUAUUAAUUGAGCAUUUUUCCAAUUUACUUUCACAGAAACAUGCUGAGGAUGAGCAUACCAGCAAGUCAAAAGAAGAAAAUUGUGAGGCUUCUAAUGAGCUUCGCGAAAACCCAUGUGAAUGCCCAGCCCCAGAGCACUCAUUAGGUGAAUCUGUAAAUACCAAUACUAAAGCCAAAGCACUAUCUUUUCUUAGUGUUUUGAGCAAAGACGGCAAUACCAUUCUCCAGUGGCCCACAGAACUCGUAUUGUUUACAAAAACACAGCCUUCAAUAUCUUAUGCCUGCAACCCAUUAUAUUUUGAUUUUAAAUGUUCUCCAAAAAAUAAAAUGAGAAAUCCAAAUGAUAGAGAAAAUGGAAGAUGCAAAGAUAGUGAUCAGCCUGGUGGAAGUUAUGUGGACAAGGUCUCAGGAAUAAAUGUAGGGAGAGCAGUGGGAAAUGGAAUGGAUGGUCCAUGUUUAGAGCCAAAGAGAGGUACACAUCUAGAAGACGUAAAAAGCUUGGAUAAUUGCCAAACAUCUAUAGGAGCAAGGAAUAUUCAUUGUAAUGAACAUCAACUCUCCAAUUAUGUUAGUCAUUCGCAAACAUGUUUUACUAGGGAAAAUUACCAUUCAAGAAAACGCACAACAUCUUCACAUGGUCAAAUAGAUAAUUGUAUGGUUAAAGAAACUAUACACUGUAAGGAAAAGGGGAAAAAAAGGAGAUAUCAACACCAGGAUAGCUCUCUAAAGGAUAGAUUUUAUAGUUCAAAAAGGUCACUGGCGAGUUGGCAAGACAAUAUAAAUUCAUUAGAAAACAGUGAUGGUUGGAAGGACUCCGACAGUGAUACAAAUUCCGAUAUAUCCCAUAAAACAUCCUCCUCAAAGUUGUCCCAUUGUAGUUCUUCCAUGAGCAGUGGUUUGUCAUGCAAAAAUAAGGACCUUCUCAACCGGGCAUCAUCUCUAGAAGCCUCCUCGAAUGGAAACGGUUGGAGAUCAACAAAGCACAAAAAUGAUAUGUCUUCUGAAAAGGACUACAUUAUUGAUGAUAAAAAGUUGAACUGCAAAUGCAAACAUCAUAAGCACAACACAUUUAAUGAGAUAUCAAGGCAUGAAUAUUUAGAGCACUGGCUUUGCUCCAAACAUGUGAGGAACAAGCAUCGGUCUUGGAAGAAACAAAAUGAUUUGAAAACAGAUCCUGUUGGAGAAAAGUUUAAUUCUAUACAUGAGUGUAAUAUUGAGGCUGAUGAGUCAAGGGACAAUAACUCUAGUGCUUCCCCUGAAGAAAUAAUUGACUUUCCAAAUCCAUGCAGAAGCUCAACUAAUGAGGAAAGUUCUGACAAUAGUGCCACAAAAGACUUCCUUCAGUGUCAGCCACGAGAAGUGACACCUAUUUUGGUAAACUGUAAAAACAAUACUUCCAAAACUUUUGUAGAAUCUAAAGAAGUUAAUGAGAAAGAACAAUUCAUUUCAAGUUUGAAUUUAGAUGGUAAAUUGACAUCAACGCAAAUAGUUGAAGACAACAUCAGAACAGAAUUAAAUAUGGACUUUAAUAAACCCCUGGGAAGUUCUUCUCCUCUAAAGUGUACCACAACAGGUUAUGGAAUGAUAGAUGUUCCAUUGCAUGAGGAAGCAAAAUCUAGUAGCAACAAUGUAGACCUUUGUAGUAAGAACCCCAAGAGGUUGGAAAACUGUGAGGUCCCAGUCAUGAUCACUAACAGUAGUGUGGAUAACGUAAUUCACAUUGGUACAGAAAGUGGAGUUGAGGAACAAAAGGGACAAUUUGUUAGUGAAGAACAACCAAUUAUGCAAAGCCCUGACCCAGUUCACCUUAACUUCUUAUGUCCAUUGCCCUCUCUCAGACAUCCCUGUGGAGUCAGUUCACCAGAGACCAAAGAAGACCCAUUGAGACUGGGACGGGCUGAUGUAAAUACUAAAUCGAGUCUUGUAGAUGGAAAUCUAAAAUGUUUUUUUGACAGUACUAUGCAGGAUAUUAGGAAACUUGACAAUAGGUUGCAUCAUAAGUCAUCUGGUCCUCCUUUAGCACAACAACCCGUAACAUUUUCACCAGAUGAAGUCGAUAAGUAUAAAAUAUUGCAAAUGCAGGCACAACAGCAUAUGCAGAAACAGCUCUUUACAAAACAUUUUAGAGCUUUACCAACAAAUGGCUCAGCUGUUCUCUCAACUGCACAAACCAUUCAACCUGUGUCCAUCCCACAUCCUCCCUCCAUCACCACUAUCCACCAUGCACUGAUGCAGCGAUAUGCAGUCACGGCUUCCAUGCACUCUCAUGUCAAUCAUUUUCCAUUGCCCCAUCUUAAUCACUUCCCCCAGUCUCAGUUUUCCCCCAUUUCAAUUUCUUCAUCUCUAACACCGACCCUAUUUCCAACUCCAACCCCAAUCAUAGGGCAUGCACUGGCACACCCACUACACUUAGUUUCCGCAGCAGCCAUUCACCCUCCACACUUGACCAUUCAGGCCAUUCCCCAUGCAGCACUCAUACCAACCAUCUUUGCCCCGCACCCCAACACAGGCAUGCAUCCCACCCUACAGUUACACCCAUUUAUUCAUCCAUUGUUCCAAGGUCAGGAGUUUCACCAUCAUCCUGGCUCUGGUCACCUUCAUUAAUAUUUGCUAGGAUAAGAUGUCCUGACAUACUAGAGGACAUCGGGUUAGAUUCUGUUUGUUUUUCUUUUUGCAUUAUUUUUCUCCCUUUUUGAUACAUUUUAGUUGACUUCAUUAAAAAUUAGUUUCAUGAGUUUAAAAAUCUAUGUUCAUUGUAAUUCUUGAUUGUUUAUUUGAUACCGUAUGGUAUAUGAUGUGAAUUUAUU